GUUUUGGCUCUGAACUUCAGAUUCAGGGGAGCCUCAGAUGGAGAAAGUAGCGAUAACGUCCCUGUUAUUGCUGAGCUGGAAAGUCCUCGUCUGAAAUGGCCUUUCACAGCAGCCAGUGCUGUCGGCUUAUCUUAAGGACGCACGCCGCCAAGGCCCUGCGGACAGUGAGAGUGCCAGCUGGAGACAAACUACUGCAGCGCCGCUAUUCUGUGACUAAAGAGGAAAACCAGCCUUACAGUGAGGUGACAGAGGCUAAAGUCCAGCCUGUGAAGGAAGUAGUUGUUGCACGUAGUCACAGGCGAGUUUUGAAGGAUAUCUUGCCUUUCUCAGAAUUCCUCACGGACACUUUUGGACGAAGGCACAGUUAUCUGCGAAUUUCCCUUACAGAAAAAUGCAACCUGCGCUGUCAGUACUGUAUGCCAGAGGAGGGAGUGAAAUUGACCCCGAGGAGCCAGCUCUUGACCACAGAGGAGGUGCUGACUCUGGCUCGACUCUUUGUGCGCGAGGGGGUGGAGAAGAUCCGCCUGACUGGAGGAGAGCCACUUAUCCGCCCUGAUGUUCUGCAUAUUAUUGCGGAAAUGCGGAAGCUGGAGGGUCUGAAGACGAUUGCCAUAACUACUAAUGGCAUAAAUCUUGCCAGACUGUUGCCUGGUCUAAAGAAGGCGGGAGUGGACCUGCUCAACGUCAGUCUGGACUCAUUAGUGCCGGCCAAGUUUGAGUUCAUCGUUAGACGUAAAGGGUUCCAUAAGGUGAUGGAAGGGAUUGACAAGGCUGUUGAAAUGGGUUACAAUCCAGUUAAGGUGAACUGUGUGGUAAUGAGGGGUCUGAAUGAAGACGAGCUGCUGGACUUUGUGGCUCUGACUGAGAAGAAGCCUCUGGAUGUGCGCUUCAUAGAGUACAUGCCUUUUGAUGGCAACAAAUGGAACUUCAAGAAGAUGGUGAGCUACGCAGAGAUGCUGGACCACAUUAAGCAACAGUGGCCCAAUCUGGAGCCGCUUCCUGGGGACGAGACGGGCACCGCCAAGGCGUUCAGGGUCCCAGGGUUUAAGGGCCAGCUGGGUUUCAUCACCUCCAUGUCGGACCAUUUCUGUGGCUCCUGCAACCGUCUGCGCAUCACAGCUGAUGGCAACCUCAAGGUGUGUUUGUUCGGAAACUCUGAGGUGUCUUUGAGAGAUUGUCUGCGCUCUGGAGCGUCCGAUGAGGAGCUGCUGCAGAUUAUAGGCGCUGCAGUGGGGAGAAAGAAGAAGCAGCACGCAGGCAUGUUUAAUAUAUCUCAGAUGAAGAACAGGCCGAUGAUCCUCAUUGAUGAAGAAUGCAGCCGGCAGCCUGUGUCUGUGUUAAGAGGUGAGCAGAGGGAGCUUCCUCUCUCCUCUCCCUGCGUGGCGCCGUCAGGCCGAGUAGCGCCACAGUCUCACAGACCCAACUAUCUACACUGGAGUGGCCAAGUUAGCAACAAUUUUACUAACAGCACUUUUGCCACCGAGGCACCUGUUUCUACAAACUCUGUCUGUUGUGAAACUGAGACAGUAGUAAAUGUUUACCAUGCCUGUCAGGGAAGGAGCUUAGCUUUCUCUGACGUAUUCAGCAGUAAUGCAGUGACCAUUUCUGAUUUUCAGUAUGCUUCCAAUUCUGAAACACGCACAGACAAGUUUACACAGCUGAGACACGCACAUAGACUUGUAGGCUAUCUCAGGCAGAUGUCACUGAGGGGCCUCUCCCAGACACUCUCUAUACAGAGACGUCCACUGCAGCAGAGCCUAAGGGAGCAUCACAGUCAAAGUGACGGUCCUAAAAAUUUCAGUACAGCAGUUUCAAACCCCCUGUUCUCAAACCAGGAUGGAACCUCUGACCAGUUGACCCACACUGACGCACAGGGCAAAGCCACAAUGGUCAACGUUGGAGAUAAAGCAGUGACUCACCGCACAGCAACAGCCAGUGCCCAGGUCAUCCUCGGUCCCAAGGCUUUUGGUCUGGUCCGUGCCAACCAGCUAGCCAAGGGUGAUGCUUUAGCGGUCGCACAGCUAGCAGGCAUCAUGGGUGCUAAGCAGACCUCUUCUCUGAUACCUCUGUGCCAUCCUUUGCCCCUGGACCAUGCCUCUGUCACAGUGGAGUUGCAAGAAGAGGGGCAUAUGGCUGUUGUCAUGGCAACGUGCCAGACGACAGGCCGCACUGGGGUGGAGAUGGAGGCGCUGACUGCAGUGACCGUAGCAGCAUUGGCGCUCUACGACAUGUGCAAGGCAGUCAGUCGUGACGUUGUUAUUACUGACAUCAAACUACUCAGCAAGACGGGAGGACAGCGAGGUGACUUUCAGCGCACCAGCUAAUAGCAAACCUAAGCUACCACAGGCAGUUGUAUGCGAAAGUUUGGGCACCUCUGGUCAAAUUACAUGUUUUGCUGUUUGAUGUUUCUGAGUGGAAAUAAAUGCACACCCUCUGCACGCUGUGGCACAUUUUAUUGCACAAUUACUAUUUAUUUGCUGAAUUUAACAUUUUGUGAAAAAAAUGAAAACAUGAAAUGUGGUCUAUCCAAAAGUUAUGGCACAUUUUUAUAUUUUAUGCAUCUGUUUUUUUUUUUAUAAUAUGUUAAACUCAAGAAAUAAAUACAAACUGUGCACUAAAAUUUGCCAAAAUUAACUUCUUAAUAUUCUUUUAGAAAGUCCUCAAACCAUAAUUCGACUGGGGGUGUUCAAACUUUUGCUCACGACUGUACAGAACUCUCAUGAAUCCUUAAAUGUAGCUACAUAAACUUUCCUCAAAGUAUUAUAAAGCCAAGCUGAUUUAUGUUCCCUUAAGCUCUUACUGACUUCAACAUUGUGCCUUUAGAAACUUUGCCAUUGUAUUCAUACCAUUUCAUUGUGUUUACUGCCUUUGAAGCAGAUUUCCUGAAAAACACACUGCCUUGAAUAACUGGACUGAUUUCACAGAGAUUUUAUUUGUUGAGAAUUUCCUGUGAAAACAGGCUUUUGUGGAGAAUCAUUAACACUAUUUUGAUAAUGUUCAGUGUUACGUUAUUGUGAUGUGUACUCCUGUUUGAUGCAGGUGCUGUGUGUGUGGUGGCUCACAGUAAUGUCAUCAUGUGUUUAUACCUGUGUAUACAAGACUGUAUUGAUCUGGGGUUGGAUUUAAGAUUGAUUAUGAAACUUAAUUGUUCUAUUUAGACAAUGCUCCCCCCAGGAAUCUGCACUGUAUUAACCCCUGGAGAGGCACACUAGUUGUAAAGCCAAAGACACUCUAGACUUACUAGUCUUUUUGUAAUUAUGUAGAUGAUUCUUUUCCAGUUACUCAACAAGGCCUGGAUCUUCUGAAAGAUGUGUCAAGCAUACUAUUAAGUACCACACAUUUAAAAAUUAACUAUCCAGGUCAGUUAAGGUCUGCAUUGAGUCAUUUUAUUUAGAAGUUUGGGUCUUAAGUUGAAUCUUUCAUGCUAAUGCUUUUGAAUAGCUGUGAUUUACAGUACUGUGGAAAAGUCAGAGGCCGCCCUUUAUUUAUUGUCCAGUCAAAAUAGCCACUAAGUAAAAGUUAAACAUUUUCAGGAGAUAUUUCUGAGGGGAUUAGAUAUAGGAUCAGCCACUUGCAUGAUCAAGUGUUGUUAGGAACUCCUAACAAUCAUGCAAAACCUGGUAAAACCUGAGAGAGAGGAGAAAGUCAAGCUGCUUCAGAUCUGAAAGACCCACGGGUGUUUCUGUCCAUCCUUCCACUGUGAGAAGACGACUCAGCGCUAUGAGUCUGAAAGGAUGUGUAGCUAUCAAGAAGACUACUAAGAAAAAGACAAAAAGGAAGAAAAUUUGCACUAAAACACAAACUGAGAAAGAAUGGAAGCUGUAAUAAAGCUAAAGGUUCACAGUAAAUACUGGACACACUAAAUAAUGACAAAUCACUACAUUAGUCGUUGAGGCUUCUGUGUGAUUUUCUGUUGAAUGUUGUCUGCUCUGUUCCUGAUACUGAAAAAUGCAUUACUUAACAGCAGUUUGACUGGAAAUGAAAUGAAUGAAUGGUGGUCUCUGACUUUAGCACAGUACUGUACACUAAGGGCCAGUGAUAUUGACCUGAUGGGUGAUUUUUACCACUCAGUUUAAACAAUCAGUAUUGUUUAGUUUAUCUGAAUCAAGUCUUCAAUCAGUAUUGAUGAAUGAAGUAUUUCUAGGAUUUUCAGUAAGUAUAUAUUAGCUAAAAGCUCAUGACGAGAAUAAUAAAAGCUACCUACUUAA